GUUCUCAUAACCUGUUUCUAUAAUCUUAUAUUGGAUUUAUUUUUCCUAUUGUUAAUGUGACUCCACAAAUUUGGAGACUGAGAACCAUGUGUAGAAGGGUGAUUGCACUUUAUGUGAAAAGAUUUGAAUCCUUCCUUGUGUGCAUGAGUGUGAUCAGCCAGCCUUGCUAUCGAUUUCUUCUGUCGUACACUGCCAAAUCUUCUAUUCAAGUAUUGUGAAAACUCUUUGUUUUUUUCAGGUCGAAUGAGUGAUUUGAGUGUAAGUGGUCAUCCAAUAGAUUCAGAAUCUAAAGAAGAUGAACCUUGUAGUGAAGAAACAGAUCCAGAGCACGAUCUAAUUGCUGAAAUUUUACCUGAGUUAAUUGAAUUAGAUCUGUACCACAGUGAAGAAGACGAAGGGGAAGACGAAGAGUGUGCAAACGCUACUGACGUAACGACCACCCCAUCAGUGCAGUACAUUAACGGCAAACAUCUGGUCACCACGGUGCCCAAGGACCCAGAAGCAGCAGAAGCUAGGCGUGGCCAGUUUGAGAGUGUUGCACCUUCUCAAAAUCUUUCAGACAGCAGUGAAAGUGAAACGCAUCCGUUUGUGAUAGCUGAUCCUGGAUUGUCUACUGCCGUGCAACCUAACGAAUCGCAAGAAACAACUGAGUCGCUUGAACUUACGUGGAAGCCCGAGACUUACCCUGAAACACCCGAACAUUUUUCAAGUGGUGAGCCUGAUGUUUUCCCCACAGCCCCGUUCCAUGAGGGAGAAGCCACAGAGGGGCCAGAAUCGGUCACAGAGAGGGGGCCUGAACUUGAUAAUCUGGUCCAUGAACAUAUAGAACCUGUACCUCUGUUUUCUGAAGAGUCUUCAGGAGAUGCUGCCAUUGACCAAGAAUCUCAAAAACUGAUCUUUUCAAGGGCUACUGAAGGAACAUUUGGUGAAGAGGCAGAUAAAAGUACUUCUAUCACAUAUACUCCAAGUAUAGUUCCAAGUUCUGUGUCAGCCAAUGUUUCAGAGGAAGUAUCGGUUGCCUUCAUAGGAAAUGCCCUCCCUGAUGGCCCAUUGCCCACUGUAGAAAACUGGGUAGAAAUAACCCCUAGAGAAAAUGUAGAGCUCUCAGGGAGUCCUUCAAUCCCAUUUCCAGAAGGCUCUGGAGAAGCAGAAGAAGAUAAAAUGUUCACUGUGACAACUGAUUUAUCACAGAGAAAUACUACGGAUACACUGGUUACUUUAGACACCAGCAAGAUCAUGAUCACAGAAAGUCUUUUUGAUAUUCCUGCAACGACCUUUUAUUCCAUUUCUCAACAACCUUCUGCAGAAGUCAUGCCUACCAAAUUUGGAGGGGAAACAGACACUUCUGAGUGGGUCUUCAGUACAUCUCUUGAAGGAAAGAAGAGGAAAGAUGAGGAGAAGGGAACCCCAAGUACAGCUCCUACAGUUCAGGUGCAUUCAUCUACACAGAGAUUAGAUCAAUUGAUUUUACUCUCUGAAUUAGAAAGCUCAAGUGAAGCUACAUCUAGCGAUUCAGCAUCUACUACCAGGAACAGGUUUAUGUCCUCAACAAAACCCACAGAAUCUGAAAAGGAAAUGACAAGUUCUACUCUUGUCUUUACAGAAACGAAUGUUUUAGAUGGUCUGGGGGCACAGACUGCUGAGCCCAGCAGUAGCAGUCAACCUGGGGUUCAGGGGGCGCUGUCCGCUGUUCCAGGGAGCCCCGCCUCUCUCUCUAUGGAGCUGGGCUCUGGGGAAGCUGCUGCUGACCCAGAAAUAGCCACUGUUUCUUCAUUUUCAUUAAGUUUAGAGUCUGAAAUUCCAACCAGAAAGGAGAUAGCUGGCACCCUGUCUCCCCAUGUGGAAACUAUAUUCCCUUUUGAGCCAACAGGAUUAGUUUUGAGCACUGUAAUGGACAGAGAGGUGGCUGAAAUUAUAAGCCAAACAUCCAAAGAGAACUUGAUUUCAGAGGUCUCAGGAGAACAAAAUCGUGGGCCAGAAAUAAAGGGCAUUUCUACAGAUUUUCCUUUGGAAGAAGAUUUCAGUGGUGACUUUAGAGAGUACUCAACAGUAACUUAUCCCAUAGCAAAAGAAGAAACAGUAAUGAUGGAAGGCUCUGGGGAUGCAGCAUUUAAGGAUACCCAGAUUUCAUCAUCUGUGAUACCUACUUCAGAUCACAGCAACCACAGAGCUGACUCAGAAGGACCCAAUAGCACCUCUGUCAGCAUUUCCACCUUCCCUUGGGAAGAGUUCACAGCCUCAGCUGAGGGCUCAGGUGAGCAGCUGGUCUCGGUAAGCAGCAAGGUGGACCAAGUGUUUCCCGGUGCUAUGGGAAAUGUUUCUGGUACAGAUUCCCCAUUUAUUGACCAAGGACUGGGAGAAGAAGGUGCUGUUAAUGAAGACGAUAAAAGGAUCACCAUUUUACCAACAGCAGAAGCUAAAGGUACUGAAGCCGCAACAGAAAAGGGAGAAGUGACAGUCAAUGGCACAGUUUCAGUGAACUUUCCCCAGACUAUGGAGCCAGCCAAAUUAUGGUCCAUGCAAGAAGUCAACCCUGUAAGGCAAGGAACUGAAAGUGAGACAGCAUCAGAGGAGAAGAUUCAAGAACCAAAAUCUUUUGAAUCCCCUCAAAGCUCUGUUGCACCAGAACAAACAAUUUUUGAUUCACAAACAUUUACUGAAACUGGACUCCGAACCACAGAUUAUUCUACGCUAACAGUGAAGAGAACUGACGGUACUGGUGAGGAAAUGGAGAAGGAAGGCAUUUCCUUCGCUGAUGUGUCUACUCCAGAUCCAGAGGCAAAGGGCUUGGAACCCUAUACUGCUCUCCCUGAAGUUACCAAAAAAUCCCAUUUUUUCUUAGCUACUACCUCAGUGACUGAAUCUUUAUCAGCUGCAAGUGUAGUUACAGAUUCUCCAAUCCAAAAGGAGGAAGCUCUAAAAUCUUUUCCCAAAGUUGUGAGGCCCACAGUGAAAGAGUCAGAUACCGAUCUUUUAUUUUCUGGACUGGGAUCAGGAGAAGAAGUUUGGGCUACUACAGCAUCAGUGAAUUUUACUGAAACGGAACAAAUCACUACCACAUUCUCUCCCCAGGCUUCUCACAUGGAGAGUUUAGAAACCAGCCUCAUAAGUGAUACAACCAAAGACUAUGAGGAAAUGGAAAAUGUAGCAAAUGAAGUUAGACCACCCAUUUCCAAAACAGACAGCCUCUCUGAAGGUAUUGAGACAGCAUCCAGCCCAACCUUACUAGAAAUUUUAAGUGACACCAGAACUGAAGGACCUUCUAUGGCACCUCUCACUUUCUCCACAGAUACUGAACAUCCUCAAAAUCAGACCCGUGGUCGGGCAGAAGAAAUCCAGACUAGUAGACUACAACCAAUGACUGAACAAGUCUCUAACGAGAAUUCUUCAACAGCAGAAACAAAAGAAACAGCAACUCCUCCCUCUGAUUUUCUGGCUAGAACUUAUGGUCUUGAAAUGGCCACAGGAUUUGUUACAUCACCAAAACCAUCUGACUUGCUUUAUGAACAUUCUGGAGAGGGAUCUGGGGAAUUGGAUAUGGUUGAUUUAGUCCACACUUCUGGAACUACUCAGGCAACCAGGCAAGGAAGCACCACAUUUGUUUCUGAUAGAUCCCUGGAAAAACAUCCUGAGGUUCCAAGUGCUAAAGCUGUUACUGUUGAUGGAUUCCCAACCGUUUCAAUGUUGCUGCCUCUUCAUUUAGAGCAGAAUGAAAGCUCCCCUGAUCCAACUAGCACACUGUCAAAUACAGUGUCAUACGAGAGGUCCACAGAAGAUGCUGCAGAUAGUUUCCAAGACCAUCUCAGGGGAUUUGAGGAUUCCACUGUAAAACCUAACAGAAGAAAAACCACUGAAAACAUCAUUAUAGAUCUGGACAAAGAGGACAAGGAUUUAAUAUUGACAAUUACAGAGAGUACCAUCCUUGAAAUUCUACCUGAGCUGACAUCAGAUAAAAAUACUAUCAUAGAUAUUGAUCACACUAAACCUAUAUAUGUAGACAUCCUUGGAAUGCAAACGGACAUAGAUCCAGAGGUACUAUCAGGACCACAUGGCAGUAGUGAAGAAAGCGCUCAAGUGCAAGAGAAGUAUGAGGUAGCUGUUAACCUUUCUUUAACUGAAGAAAACUUUGAGGGCUCUGGUGACCCUCCUCUGGCUAACUACACUCAGACAACACGUAAUGAAUCGAUACCUUCUGAAGACAGAAGCCACUUAGAUCCCAUGGGCUUUACCUUCACAACUGAGCUCCCUGUUCCUGGCAUAGAAACAGAAUUAGAUAUUUUGCUUCCCACAGUGACAUCCCUGCCCCUUCCUAGUACAUCUGCCACAGUUAAUCCAGAGACUGAAGAACCAAAAAUUGAAGCAAAAGUCCUGGAUGACGUCUUUGAAUCAAGUACCUUGUCUGAUGGUCAAGCUAUUGCAGACCAAAGUGAAGUAAUAUCAACAUUGGGCCAUUUGGAGACACAGGAUGAGUAUGAAGAAAAGAAACAUGUAGGUCCUUCGUUUCAGCCAGAAUUCUCAUCAGGAGCCGAGGAGGCACUGAUCGAUCCUACACCCUACGUAAGUAUUGGUACUGUGCACCUUAUGGCUCAGAGUUUAACAGAGGCACCUAACAUGAUAGAAGGAUCCAAUCCCUCAGAUUACACUGAUACAACAUUAGCAGUUUCAGCUUUUGCCAAGUUGUCCUCUCAGACACCAUCAUCUCUGCUCACCGUCUACUUAGGCAGUGGAGCCUCUGAACAUGCAGAAGACCCCCCAGCAAGCGCUCUGCCUGGUACAGAUGCUGGCACAUCUCAGAGGUCUCUAGGAAAACUUGCAGAUAUUGAGGUGACUUUCACAUCAUCGACUGAAGAGCUCGUUCACACAACCGAGCCUCCAUCCUUAUCUCCUGACACUGGAUUAGAACCUUCAGAAGAUGAAAGUCAUCCUAAGUUAUUAGAACACAUGGAAACUUCUCCCACAGAACUGACUGCUGAAGAGGGAACUGAGAUUCUCCAAGAUUCCCAAACCCAAACCAAUAUUCAACUUUCUGAAGAAACAAUGAAGAGCAGUAUUCGAACCACUGAGCCUGGAACUGUGGUCAUAACCGCAGGUGACAUUAAGUUAGAAGGUGCUACACUGUGGCCACAUUCUACUUCUGCUUCUGCAGUUUAUGGAGUUGAGGCAGAUGUCGUGCCUCAGCCCAGCCCACAGACUUCUGAGAGGCCCACCGUUCCUUCCUCUCUGGAAAUAAACCCUGAAACACAAGCAGCUUUGAUCAGAGGGGAGGAUUACACAGUAGCAGCAUCAGAAGAGAAAGUAGCGGCGAGAAUUCUUGAUUCCAAUAAUCAGGCAACAGUAAGCAUUGCAGAGUUAAAUACUGAGCUUGCAACACCGUCAUUUUCCCUUCUGGAAACUUCUAAUGAAACCGGUUUCCUGAUUGGCAUUAAUGAAGAGUCAGUGGAAGGCACAGCAGUCUAUUUACCAGGACCUGAUCGUUGCAAAAUGAACCCAUGCCUUAAUGGAGGCACCUGUUAUCCUACUGAAACUUCCUAUGUAUGUACCUGUGUGCCGGGAUUCAGUGGCGACCAGUGUGAACUUGAUUUUGAUGAAUGCCACUCUAACCCCUGUCGCAAUGGAGCCACAUGCGUUGAUGGUUUUAAUACGUUCAGGUGCCUCUGCCUUCCGAGCUAUGUUGGUGCACUUUGUGAACAAGACACAGAGACGUGUGACUACGGUUGGCACAAAUUCCAAGGGCAGUGCUACAAAUACUUUGCCCAUCGGCGCACAUGGGACGCAGCUGAACGGGAAUGCCGUCUGCAGGGCGCGCAUCUCACGAGCAUCCUGUCUCAUGAAGAACAGAUGUUUGUGAAUCGUGUGGGCCAUGAUUAUCAGUGGAUAGGACUCAAUGACAAAAUGUUUGAACAUGACUUCCGUUGGACCGAUGGCAGCACACUGCAGAAAAAGGGAAAGAGAAAAAAAAAAAGAUUCAUACUAAUAGAAAUAUUUAGAUUACUUGGCAAUAACCCAGUUUACUUUUCUUUAGUUGCCUGCGGCCAGCCCCCUGUUGUAGAAAACGCCAAGACCUUUGGAAAGAUGAAACCUCGUUAUGAAAUCAACUCUCUGAUUAGAUAUCACUGCAAAGAUGGUUUCAUUCAACGCCACCUUCCAACUAUCCGUUGCCUCGGAAAUGGAAGAUGGGCUAUGCCUAAAAUUACCUGCCUGAACCCGUCUGCAUACCAAAGGACUUACUCUAAGAAAUACUUUAAAAAUUCCUCAUCAGCAAAGGACAAUUCAAUAAAUACAACAAAACAUGAUCACCGUUGGAGCCGGAGGUGGCAGGAGUCCAGGCGCUGACCCCUAACAUGGCGAACCUGUGUUUUCAUCAUUUCAGCCAAAGUCCUAACUUCCUGUGCCUUUCCUAUCACCUCGAGAAGUACUAUCAGUUGGUUUGGAUUUUUGGACCACCGUCCAGUCAUUUGGGGUUGCUGUGCUCCCAAAAACGUUUCAGAUGAAAGUAUUGGCAUUCAAAAAGAAAGCUAACAAAAUGAAAGAAAAUGAGGGCAGAAAGUAACUGUUUCCAGCCUAUCUAAUUUCUUUAGUUUUCUAUUUGCCUCCAGUGCAGACCAUUUUCUAACGUAUACCAGCCUACUGUACUAUUUAAAAAGCUCCAUUUCAGCACCAAUGGCAAUGUAAAUAAGAUGAUUUAAUGUUGAUUUUAAUCCUGUAUAUAAAAUAAAAAGUCACACAGAGUUUGGGCAUAUUUAAUGAUGAUUAUGGAGCCUCAGAGGUCUUUAAUCAUUGGUUCGGCUGCUUUUUGUAGUUUGUUUAGGCUGGAAAUGGUUUCACUUGCCCUUUGUCAGCAAGACUGAGGACGGCUUUUCCUAGACAACUAACAAACACAAGGUCUUGUAGGUCACUGCGCCAUGUCAGCCGUAAGUGCAGUUUGCUUCCGUGUGACCCUGAAGCCCGGCUGACAGGAUCCCCACAGAACUAAGGACUGCACCGUGGAACUCUUCUUUGCUGCAUUCCUUUUUCUUCACUUACAAGAAAGGCCUGAAUGGAGGACUUUUCUAGGACCAGGAGCAUUUUUUUAGGGGUCAAAGUGCUAAUUAUUAACUCAACCAGGUCUCCUUUUUAAUGGCUUUCAUAACACUAACUUGCAAGAUCACAGAUCAACACAUUUCAAAUGGAUACAGACCUAAGGGUUCUGGAGGGUGGGGGAUUGUUAAAACAACCACACACAUUCAAAGAAAGAAAUUUUGUAUAUAUAACCAUUUUAAUCUUUUAUAAAGUUCUGAAUGUUCAUGUAUGAAUGCUGCAGCUGUGAAGCAUACAUAAAUAAAUGAAGUAAGCCAUACUGAUUUAAUUUAUUGGAUGUUAUUUUCCCCCAAACCUGCAAAUUGACCUAGUAUGCUAGUUAUUUUUCAGUGUUAGCCUUUAUGCUUCCCCCACACCAUUUGGGACCACAUAAUCUAGGUAUUUUGUCCCUGAUUAAAUAAUGUGAUGGAUAGAAUGCAUCCAGUGUUUAUUAUGAGAAGAGUGGAAAAUGUAUAGCUUUCGGCAAAUGGUGUUUGCCCAUUCUAAGCAAGGAGCUACAGAUGGAGUGUGGGUAUUUCUUCCUGUUAGGUGGAGUGUACAUGUUGACAUUUCUCCCUAUCUCUUCCUACUGUGUUUUCUCCCCUUUAUUUGAAUAAAGUACUGCUGAAGAUGAAUUCCAAUCAUUAUCCACUUAACGUUUAAGGAAAACCCCAUAAUGGAAAGAAGGCAUUUGGGAGUCUUUCCCUAAUUUUAGCUAGAACAACCUUGAGAAGAGUAGACAACAAAUAAAAUACAAAAAGAGCAGACCCAACACGGAUUCAUUUUCACGAAACCUCCUUUGGCUUGGAAGGAACAACAGUAACUCCCAUCAUCCUCAGAGUCUUUGAGCAAGUUCCCUUGGUUGCUGCACUAAGUAUAAUCCACCUCUGAGUGUUCCAGAGCACAGAACAACACUGUGUUGACCUCUUAGGUUUUAAUUUUUCUCCUUCAUUACAAUGCACAUAAUACGUUCCUGUAUUUAUAUUAUAACGUGUAUAGUGUAAAAUGUGAAUGACUGUUGUUUUUUUUUUUUUUUUUUUGUGAAUGAAAAUCUAAAACCUUUGUAACUUUUUAUACCUGCUUUUGUUUCACCAAAGAAACCUAAAGUCCUUUUACUA